CUCAACGCGGUCAGUACGCGCGCGGCUGUUAUCUUCCCGCCACAGGCUCAAACAAACGACACCCACCCACCCACACACACUACACUACAGCAACCAGCGAUGUGGUCGGCGGCGGCGGCGCGCACGGUGACCCCGCUGCCGGCGGCGUCGCCCCUGCAGCAGCAUCAGCAGCGGCGCGGGGCGUGGGCGCGGGUGGGCAAUGGUCGGGCGGCGAGCACGACGGCGGCGCGGGCAGGGCUGUGGGACUUCGUGGGAGGGGACCUGGUGAAGCCGGACAUGGGGCGGUGGCUGGACGACGUGGAGAAGCACAAGUCGCUGGCCAUCUACCCGCCGCACGAGGGCGGCUACGAGGGCCGCUACCUCAGCCGCCUCAGCUACCAGGGCUACUACUUCCUCGACCUCUCCGCCCGCGGCCUCGGCGACCCCGAGACCACCCUCACCAAGAUCCACCCCGUCUGCCCGCCGAGCCUCGGGAGGCAGCCGGUGGCGAGGUGGUACUUCCCGCCGGAGGUGGACUACAGGCUCAGCUUGCUGCACCCGGACGCCAAGGGCCUCGUCGUCUGGGUCAUGGAAGCCAAGGUUCUCUCCAAGGCCGAGCUGCAGUUCCUCGCCAUUCUCCCUGACAUCCGCCCCAAAGUCAGGGUGAUCGCGGAAUGCGGCAACUGGAGGAAAUUUGUGUGGAAGCCGCUGAAGCAAAUCGCGGGCCUUGAGCCGGACCCUGACGCAGAGGAAUGAACAAGAUCAAGACCAUUAACAGGCAGCCUGAAACAAAGUUACUUGAUAUAUAUCUCAUCCAACACACAUUGUUUCCCGCUUUGUACUUCACUUGAGAGAGGCAAUGAAGAAUGUACAUACAUUUUGGCUCAAAUUACCCCAAGACAACCAUGUAAAAUCAAACUUUCACA